GUUGACGCCGGAGGAUGGCGGCGGCGGCCGUGGCCUCGGCUGGGAGACGGUGGGCUGAGCCGCCGAGACUCCGGAGAGCCCGCCGCCCGCGCGAGGUGUAGACAGGGCUGGAGAGGAUGCCCCUGUGUCAGUGAUGGGCUGUGGGACGAGCAAGGUCCUUCCUGAGCCACCUAAGGAUGUCCAGCUGGAUCUGGUCAAGAAGGUGGAACCCUUCAGUGGCACAAAGAAUGAUGUAUACAAGCACUUCAUCACAGAGGUGGACAGUGCUGGCCCUGUCAAAACUGGAUUCCCAGCUACCAGUCCGUAUGCACAUCCCUGUCCUGGUGCCCCUGCUGCUGGCCACACAGAACCUUCCUCGGAACCACCACGCAGAGCCAGAGUGGCUAAGUACAGGGCCAAGUUUGACCCACGUGUGACAGCUAAGUAUGACAUCAAGGCCCUGAUUGGCCGAGGCAGCUUUAGCCGAGUGGUACGUGUGGAGCACCGGGCAACUCGGCAGCCAUAUGCCAUCAAAAUGAUCGAAACUAAAUACCGAGAGGGACGGGAGGUAUGUGAGUCUGAGUUGCGUGUACUGCGCCGGGUGCGCCAUGCCAACAUCAUCCAGCUUGUGGAAGUGUUUGAGACACAGGAGCGUGUAUACAUGGUGAUGGAGUUAGCCACUGGUGGUGAGCUCUUUGACCGUAUUAUUGCCAAGGGUUCUUUCACUGAACGGGAUGCCACAAGGGUCCUGCAGAUGGUGCUGGAUGGUGUCCGGUAUCUGCAUGCCCUGGGCAUUACACACCGAGACCUCAAGCCUGAGAAUCUGCUCUACUACCACCCAGGUACUGACUCCAAGAUUAUUAUCACUGACUUUGGUCUGGCCAGUGCUCGCAAGAAAGGCGAUGACUGUCUGAUGAAGACUACCUGUGGCACACCUGAGUACAUUGCUCCUGAGGUCCUGGUCCGUAAGCCGUACACCAAUUCUGUGGAUAUGUGGGCACUGGGUGUCAUUGCCUACAUCCUGCUCAGUGGCACCAUGCCCUUCGAAGAUGACAACCGUACCCGACUAUACCGUCAGAUCCUCAGGGGCAAAUACAGUUACUUGGGGGAGCCAUGGCCCAGUGUGUCUAACCUGGCCAAGGACUUCAUUGACCGCCUGCUGACAGUGGACCCUGGAGCCCGGAUGACUGCACUGCAGGCUUUGAGGCACCCAUGGGUGGUGAGCAUGGCAGCCUCUUCAUCUAUGAAGAAUCUGCACCGAUCCAUCUCCCAGAAUCUCCUCAAGCGCGCCUCCUCACGUUGCCAGAGCACCAAGUCGGCUCAGUCCACACGUUCUAGCCGUUCCACCCGUUCCAACAAGUCACGCCGCGUGCGGGAGCGGGAGCUGCGGGAACUCAACCUGCGCUAUCAGCAGCAGUACAAUGGCUGAGCCGCCAGCUGUGGCAUGGACACACCAUGAUCUCAUCCUGGUCACUCUGCUAUCUGGGCCCAGUACCCUCUCUAGAGCUAGACCUGAUGGCCAGCAGUACAUAGAGUAUGUCUGGUCCCAGUUCCCUCUCUGUGCCUUCAGGAGCCCCCACCCUACCAUGGGUCUGUGUCUGGUGUGACAUACUGGUGGCCCAGGGGUCUGUGACCCCACCUGAACAGAUUUGGUACUGCUACUCCUGGUGGGCAGGUGUUCUUUGUGAGUUGGGAGAAGGGACAGGAUCUAGCCUUCACCAAUCUCCCAUCCUUUGGCUUUUUCUUAGACCAAAGGGGCCUGAAGUGGGUAGAGUAGGUCCUAUGGCCCAGGAUUCUUUGGGACAGUUACUUUUAUAAUCCCCUUUCCCCCAAAAUCCUCACUAGCUCCCCACAUUCCAUGACAUCCUGUUCCUUAAGAUUAUGUUCCAUUGGGAAGCCCAGCUUUGGCCUUAGCUAGGCUGUAGGCCCUAGGUGCCUUAACUGGACCCCUAGCCAAGGCUUAAUCUAAGCAGCCGCACCCCCAACCAAGACCUGUCUUUCUUCACAUGCCACUAAGUACCCCUCACAAGCAUCCAGACUUGCCAGGACCACUGUAGGACUGUGGCAUAGAUAUAGAUAUUCCCAAGCUCCGAACCCUCUAACUGUGAGAGGGCUCCUGCCCACCAGCCUCAGUGCCUUCUCUGCCCACAGAGCCCACUGUUGUCUCCUUCCCAACUGUAGGGGUUCAAGGGAGCUCCACUGCUGCUACCUGGGGGAUUGGGGAGCACCUGAAUCAUGCAGAGGAUUCCCCCAGGAUCCUGCUGUCAGCCCUGGUUCUAGCCUUUUGUACUGCCCGUUGCCUCUUCAGGAGCUGCCAUGCCCUCCCCUAUAGCUUCACAAAGGUGCCAUCUAGUGUUUGGCCUGGGCAUGGCACUCACAGUCCUCCAAAAGGAAGAGGAAAGGAAGGAGUUGCUGUGCUGGGGGAGAGUUCUGGGCCUCCCAACCCCCCUUCUGAUCAGCUUCUGCGUACCUCUCCCUGGAACUUAGCCAUACUGUGUGAUCUGCCUUUGAAUCCUAGGUGUCUGGUAUACUGGCCUUCUUGUGAGAGAUGGUCUUGUCCUGUGCCCACUUCCUUUCACAGCAUUCAUUAACCUUCCAGUCUGGUCCUGUUGAGUCUUAGGCUGAUGGAAGAUAGGUGAGGCUGGUGGGGGGACCUUCCUUCCCAGAGAAUUGAGCCAGAACAGUCCCCAUAGCUGUCAUGGUCUUCCCCUACCACUACCACACACUAGUCUGGAAUCUAAGCUCCCUCCCUCUAUAGCUGCUUUAAGUGGGUAGGAAGGGCCAGGGCCUGGCUUAGGCCUUAGCUAGACUAUAGAGCCUCUGGCAGCAGGAAGUCUGAUUCCCCACUCAGCUCCUCCCAGUAGGCAGUCUUGGACUAGGCUCUCUUUCUUCAUGUGCCACCUCCACUGGGAAUUCAAACCAAAGAGACCACUCUGUGCCAACUCAACUGUGCCUCCUUCCACCACCACUGCCCACUGGGCAGAAAGCAGUGGAGACCCGAGCCUCAGACUUCUCCUUCAGUUCCCCAUGAGUGUCUGGGGGCUGUGGUCCUAGGGAUUUAUUUCCUCGUUUGCCCAAGGUAUGCCUAGUCCUGAGAAUAGGACAGGGAGAGUUUAGCAUCUUGGGCCUUUGAUAGGCCCACCAGGCCUUCAUGCCAUGGACCGUGGAUAGAGAAUGUGCAGUUAUUUAUUUUGUGUACUCUGUAAAUGUAUCCUCUGUAUUCAAUAAACAGGCUGCCCUCCCCAGGGAAGGCUGCAAUUCAUUCUAA